AUGGAGGUCGCCGCCACGCCCAAAGCGCAUCCCGUUGCGCCGCCGCUGCGCAAGGUGCACCCCGCCGCACGCUGGGUAGCUGGUCUCCUCUCACCCAUGUCGCUUCGGGAUCAGGGGUACUGCACAGACAUGUUCCAGUGCAUUCUGUGGGGAUCACUGGCCGUCUCCUUUCCAAUCGCCUACUGGAUGGGCUGCGUGCUCGUCACUGUCAUCGGUGUGUGUGCGGCGACGCUGGUGUGCCUCGUGCUCUUUGUCCCGAACUGGUAUCAGCACCCGGACCCAGCUCUCAAGUACGCGGAUGACAUGGAGGUGUACGGCUACUACCAGCAGUACGAGGCGGCAAAGAAGGCGGCACGUGAAGCGUCAGCGCCGUCCAAGAAGGCGGCCGCCGCUUCUCCAGACUUGCCAAAGGCCAUGCCGCAUGUUACGACUGCAUGA